AGCAGUUUUGGGGGUCUUAUGGGAGGAAUAUUUGUUCUUGUUAAUUUUGCUGGCCAGUACUGUAUUCACAUCUGAAGUAGUUUGGUCACACUUUGUUCGCUCGCAAUCAGGUGUCCUCGCCUCUCGCAUCUAACCAAGUCAAACACAUUUGCUGGAGGAAAGAUCUGAGUACCUCUAUGUUUUGAAUUAGUUUAACAAGUUUACAUGUUUUUAUUCCUUGGUGAGAAUUUACAAAACGACUGGCACACGCACGCCAACAUAUUUUAGUUAAAAAAAUAUCCUAUCCUAUCAAAAAAUAUAGCCUGUAUACGUACGAGUUUUCAACCAAGUGCAGAUCAGGUGGGAGUUUUGCCUGUGGGUUCUCAGAGGAAAUAAUCCAGUAGAAACGGAGGAUUCGGGAUUUUGGGGAACAGGUUUGGAUCCUGCAGCUCUUGAAAUGUUGCAAGCAGCGGUCAGUAUGGCAGGGGUGUGCAGACUGGAUGAUUUCAGUGCACUCCUCAUCUGGGUGCUGCUGCUCGCUGUCACUGAAGGAGGUGGAUCAGAAUCGCUGAAACAGUCGGACACACUCUGUGUGUUUCAGGACAAGAAGUACCGAGCAGGAGAGAGGUGGCACCCAUUCCUGGAGCCCUAUGGAUUUGUGUAUUGUAUUAACUGUGUCUGCAGCGAGAGUGGCAAUGUGAUGUGUAAUCGAGUGAAGUGCCCGAUCAGCCAGUGUGCCAGUCCUGUACCAGUCUCCCAGCAGUGCUGCCCUCGAUGCCCAGAAGAGUCCCCCUCUCCCUUGGUCUCGAAGGUCAACGGAAAGGCCUGCAGCUAUAACGGAGUUGUCUACCAGCACGGGGAGAUGUUUGCAGCUGAAGGGCUGUUUCUCAACAGGCUGGCCGAUCAGUGUGCCCAGUGCAGCUGCUCGGAAGGGAACGUGUACUGCGGGCUCCGGACCUGUCCCAAGCUGACCUGCUCCAUCCCAGUGUCUGUCCCUGACACCUGCUGCCAGGUGUGCAAAGGAGACGGGGAUUCUUCAUGGGACCAGGGUGAUGGGGAACCCUUCCGACAGCCCUCCAACAGAGAAGCUAGGCACUCCUAUCACCGCACGCAGCCCGAGACCCUGUCUGCCUCUGGGAGGCCUCUGUUCAAUGUGCCCCACCUGGCGAGCUCCAGGACUCACCGCGGCAUGCUGUCAGACCACCAGCAGUCGUCCGGGACCAUUGUGCAGAUUGUCAUCAACAACAAGCACAAGCAUGGGCGAGUGUGUGUGUCGAAUGGAAAGACGUACUCGCACGGAGAAUCCUGGCACCCAAACCUGCGCCCCUUUGGAGUCAUGGAGUGUGUGCUGUGCACCUGCAACCUCACCAAACAGGAGUGCAAGAAAAUCCACUGUCCCGACAGGUACCCCUGCAAAUACCCACAGAAGAUAGAUGGAAAGUGCUGCAAGAUUUGUCCAGCUGCAGAGAUGGCACUGCAGAGAGACAACAGUAAGGAGUAUUUCUGUGGUGAAGAGACUUUGCCUGUGUAUGAGUCAGUGUUUGUUGGUGAGGAGGAGACCAUCAGGAGAAUUGCACUGGAAACAGAGACCCCUCCUGAGGCUGAGCUGCACAUAUGGACUAUAGGAAAAGGUGUUUUGCGUAACUUCCGAAUUGAGAAAAUGUCAAGGAAAGACUUUCACCGACUGAGGGACUUCAAACCACUGACAAAGACCACUCAAAGUCGGUGGGGGAUUUUCCGUGAAGGAGAGACGCAGAUCAGCCAGCUGUGUUCCAGCAGGUCCUGCAGGACGGAGCUAGAGGAUCUGGUCAAGGUUCUGUACCUGGACAAGCCAGUGAAAGGGCUCUGCUGAGGAGGGGCGCUGCCCGAGCCAGAGGGAAGAGGACUCGUUCCACUGCACUCUCCAACUCUGGGACUGCAGCGCAGCGAGUUCUGUAUUUUAAAUGGCCAGAAACCAAACUGUCCUUCAGAACCCCUUUCUUAGGAGUCUCGUUAUUAAUAAAGAGAAUGUAUAAGAAUGUAUUGGAUAACAGAAUUGAGCUAAGCAUGGCAAGGUGUUAGUAAUACCCAGCAGGGAGUUAUCACUUGCUAUGGACUUCUAGUUCAGUGGUGGCUUUUAUAAGUAAAAUAUGAGAACAAAGUUUUGUUUUUCUUCUGUUUUAUUUUGUAAUAUUUCACUUUUGUUAUUUUGGUUUUAUGAUUCUUAAUCACAGACUGGCUAUUAUGAUAAGGAUUGGUUUUAACAGACCAUUGACAUAUAAGUAGUGCGCUUCUUUUUAUUUUUUUCAGGGGAGCACAAAAUACUAUAAUGCAGCACAAACCUUUUACAGUACCAUGCCUAAUCUGAGUCGACUCUCUUUCCCCAUUGAAACAUCAUUGAGACCUAUUCGUUGUGCAAGAGAUUUGCAGUAAAGGUAGUAUUGCUGCCUCAUUUGAUAAUAUCAAGGUCAUAUAUGUGUCCUUAUUGGAAAAUAAGAAUUGUAGGGAAAUGAAAACAGUAUUGGAUUUGUAAUACUGAACUUACAAACAUUUUAAAGGUUACAUUUUUAAAUUGUAGGAAUAUUUUCAAUCCAUCAUGUGCUUUUCUAUUGUUUACCUGGCUUAUCUGCCUGUUCUCAUGUUAGGUGGUGAAACUAGACAGUUAACAGGUAUCACAAUGUGCUCCUCAAAAAAAAAAAAAAAAACACAGAAAACAAAAAAAACCUGCAUAUUAUAAAGAAUAUCUCACUAUACCGUUGAGUGCAGGUUUUUAUCAGUGGUGUCGCUUAGACUAUGACUUAGCGGAAUGAUAUAUUUUAUAGGUGUUUCCAAUUUUCUCUCCAACCUCUGUAAGUAAGUUGUGAUUAGAACAUCUUCUGAACUUCUAUGAAACUCCUUACAACCUCACACACGGAGCAUCAAAAAGCAAUACAUGAGUGUGACAUUAUCAACACUCUCGUCCAAGGUCUCCUUGUGAAACACUGAUAAACCUGGCAGCAUUCUGUAUGGAGCUAAGGAGAGCUUCAGCAGAGUACCUGUGGGAAGUCUAAUCAAGACAUGCAUGUCCUGCCGUGUGGUUGCCCAAACUGGUACAGGAUGGGGCAGGUAUGGUAUUGCCCAUGUAACCCUUGCUUCCUCAUGUAUCUUGAAAAGAUAUCCACCCCCUCUUCCAAUACAUACAAAUGAUUUUAAUGAGCAGACGGUUUCUCCAUGUUAUGCAGAUGGGUUAUCUGUUCAUUAUAGAACAAGUAAUCCAUUUCAAAUCUGUGCAGGUGUCUCCCUUUUUUAGUUAUGUUGAUGCUGUUUUGGUGCUGUGUGAUUUGGCACUGUUCCGUAACAAAGUACUUGUAAACAGGAAUAUAAUCCUCUUAUGUAUGAAAGGGCCCUGUGGUUUUUGAAAACAACACGAUAAACCCUUACCUACACAUCCGUCUCAAUUCGCUGUAGGUCUGUACUCUUAGAAAGAUGUACUGCAAGCAGAGAGAGCAAUAGAGGCCACAGAAAACCUUAACAUGUUUCUGCAUCAAAAGGACUGAAAAGGCAACAGUAUUGAGAAGGCAAUGUCCAAAGGAAUUCAAUAGCAGCCCUGCUUUGUGUUGGAAUCAAGUCUUUUAUUUUCACAUGUGCUCUAUGGGGUCCCCCUCAGUCGAAUCAGAUGAAAGAUAAUUAUGAUUGCAAUCAAGUGCCUUUUGAAAGCUAAGAGCAGUUGCUGGAAUCUAACCAGCAUGGUAUCCAGUAUUCUCUUGGGUCAGACAGACGCAUUUAGGUCUUUAGAAAGGAACUGAAGGCAUUUUGGCUAUGUAUUUAUUUGUAUUAUAGAUAACUUUGGCAGCAUACAAUGGUUAUAGUUUUGCGUUGUAUGCAUUUGUAAUCACAGAAAUAUAAGGAUAUGUGUAAGUGGAUGUAUGUAAAGGUUUUUUUUUUACUUUGUUUCUUACUGAAUCAAUAUACUGUACUAUGCUUUCAAGGAUUCUUGUUCAUAGUAAUGUACCAGUAUUGAUGCGUAUAUUGUGCUUU